GUUUCCUCGCAGCAGACGGGCCGGAGGGAUAAAAUGAUUGGCAGCAGGGGUUUACACAAGGAGAAGAAAAUGUCUCAGGCUGACAAAAUGAAGCAGGGACAAUUCACCAACCCUGAGACCCCAGGGUAUGUUGGAUUUGCCAACCUUCCAAAUCAGGUUCACCGCAAGUCUGUUAAGAAGGGCUUUGAGUUCACCCUCAUGGUUGUAGGUGAAUCCGGUCUUGGAAAAUCCACUUUGAUCAACAGCCUCUUCCUCACUGAUCUUUACCCUGAGAGAGUCAUCCCAGGAGCAGCAGAAAAGAUAGAAAGAACGGUUCAGAUUGAGGCAUCAACGGUAGAAAUUGAGGAGAGAGGAGUGAAGCUUCGUCUCACGGUUGUAGACACGCCGGGUUACGGAGACGCCAUCAACAGCCAAGACUGCUUCAGCACCAUCAUCAGCUACAUUGAUGAUCAGUUUGAGCGCUACCUCCACGACGAAAGCGGUUUAAAUCGAAGGCACAUUGUCGACAACAGAGUUCACUGCUGUUUUUAUUUCAUCUCUCCUCUUGGCCACGGCCUGAAACCUCUUGAUGUCCAGUUCAUGAAGGCCAUUCACAACAAGGUCAACGUGGUUCCUGUCAUCGCCAAGGCUGACACGCUCACCCUCAGAGAGAGGGAGAGGCUCAAGCGGAGGAUUCUCGAUGAGAUCGACGAGCACGGCAUCAAGAUCUAUCACCUUCCCGACGCCGAGUCGGACGAAGACGAGGACUUCAAAGAGCAGACCAGAAUCCUCAAGGCAAGCAUUCCAUUCGCUGUGGUAGGAUCCAACCAGCAGAUUGAGGCCAAAGGGAAGAAGGUCAGAGGCCGCCUGUACCCAUGGGGUGUGGUGGAAGUGGAGAGCCCAGAGCACAACGACUUCCUCAAGCUGCGGACCAUGCUGAUAACCCACAUGCAGGAUCUGCAGGAAGUAACCCAGGACCUGCAUUACGAGAACUUCCGCUCCGAUCGCCUCAAACGGGGCGGCAGGUUGUCCUCCCAUGGUUACAUUCUGCCUCUGUCUCCUGCGUACGUACUUUGUCUAAAGGCACCGGAGCCGGAGGAAAUGGACAAGGAUAUGAUCCUACAGGAGAAGGAGGCUGAGCUGAGACGAAUGCAGGAGAUGAUCGCAAAGAUGCAAGCCCAGAUGCAGAAGGGAGGAGACGAGUAG